AAAUAUUCAAUGGGAAUGAACAAAAAGCUAACUGCUGAAGCACGUGAGAGCCAGCAACUCUCACUCACUAUCAAAGGCAGGUUUUCAGAAGCACAGUACUAUUCUGACCGUCACUAAGUUAUAAGCAGUAACAGAUCUAGACGUAGCGCGCCAGUAUUAACAAAUUGAGUCAACUUCAGUCAGAAUGGGGACAGGUGCCAAAAACUACCAGCCACCGGAAUGGAUCAAUGCUGAAUUCUUGCAAGAUGUGUUGAAGGAAUAUUUCAAAGAUGAAACCAUAGAAGUGCAGGAGAUAGUGGUGAAAGACGCGUUGCUGACAGGUGAUAAUGGCAGUGGCUUUGCGAGCGAAAUGCAUCGGGUGACAUUUAAUUUGGCGCGGAAAGACGGUACCGGUCGCUUCUCGGUCAUAAUUAAAGAUCAUCCGAAAGGCUACACUGGGGUUGUUGCGCACAAAAGUAAAUUAUUUAAACGCGAAAUUCUGGCUUAUAAAGAAAUUCUGCCACGGGUGGAGGAGUUGCUGGCCUCCAUUGGUGACAAAACGAAAAUUGCGCCUGCAUGCUAUUAUACCACCGAAACACCUGAGCCCUUCCUUGUGCUGGAGGAUAUGCAACUAACGGGUUAUGAAAACUUUGAAAGAUGUCGUUUGCUUAAUCUAGACUAUACUCUGCCGACCAUCGAAAGGCUGGCAAAGUUACACGCUUGUUCCGCGGUCAUUGCCAAAGAUACACCGGAAAUCUUCGAAUUUUUUAAAGAAGCCCCCAUUUCCAGGAAUCCAGACCGCAAGGAAUUUCUUUCAUUCUUUCCUGUAAAUAUAAGAUGUAUUGCCGAGGAAUUGACACACUGGAAGGGUUAUGAAGAGAUCACAGAGAAAAUGUUCAAAUUGGCUGAAAAUGUGCUUCAAAAUGCACUUAAAAUGUAUGAGUCACAUGAUCAGGGCUUCCGAGUUUUUAACUUGGCCGAUUUGUGGAUUGACAACUUAAUGUUCCAUAUAAAUAAUGACACAAAAAAUCCCGAUGAUGUAGUCAUGUUGGACUUCCAGCUAUCUUACUACGGCUCACCGGCGGUGGAUCUAAAUUAUUUCCUUUUUGGUUCAUUAAAUGAGAAUGUGCGGAAAGUACAUUUUAAAUUCAUCGUGCGCGAAUAUCAUCGCAUAUUAAAAGAAACAUUAGAAAAGCUUCAAUAUGACGCUUAUAUACCAACGUUGAAGGACAUAAAUAUCGAGCUUAUUAAGAAUAGCCUUCAAGGUGUCAUCGCUGCCACAUGCCUCACACCACUUAUUUUCAUGGAGUCCACAGGAGAUGAGAAACUGGAGAAUCUUACCUCACGAACGGAAGAAGGCGAUGAAAUGAGACGACAAAAUGUUGAAAAUCCCAAAUAUCGGGCAUUUCUGCAGCGCACUGUCAAGGAGUUCGAGUUGUGCGGUUUUUUGGACAAUUAAAAAUUGUAUAUACAUAUGUUGUGCAUCAAAUAUAGAAAUAGAAUAUACAGAAA